AAAAGCCUUGAGAAGAUGCUAAUCUCACACGCUGACGCUCCUCAGUGCGGUUAUGGGCGUGGUUUACCAAGCAAGCCAGUUCUCCGAUUGGUCAAGCGAGAUCCUGUCGUUCUGUCAUUGGUCCAUCAUUGACACGACGUAGCGUCCGUGUGAAAAAAGAAACCGAGUUCAUUGUGGCUCCAGUGUUCGGGGGCACAUCCGUGCCUGUUUCUUAAGAAUCUCCGAGCCAAGAUGGCGGCCGGACCAAGCCAGUUUCCCUUACCGUUUUAUAUGAAAACAAGAGAAAAAGUAGGAGGGUAGCAGCAGCAACAACAUCAGCAGCGUCACAUGAUACAUAAAGCCAGGCUGUCCUGUUCCAAUAUGGUGGUCAGCUUGGCGGAGCUGCGUCUCCCGUUGAUCAUAUCGUUCCUGUGCGGGUUCGGAACCUGCAGCCUUCAAGAAGUGCAGGUUUUCGGGCUGCGCCUGGAGAACGCUAGCGAGCGGGUGUACCUGAAAGAACGGGUCAUCGUAGCUCAGAACGGGACCGCUUUCAAGCUCAGAUUGUUUGGGUCCUACCUGUCCAAUGAGACCUGGCCGUGGGUCGCGUUCGCCGCGGCUGGAGGCGGUUCGGGUGACCCGUGCGCGCUAGAGAAGAACCGCAGCUCCGCUGCGUUCAAGGUGCACGGACAAUUGGACUUGGAUGAGGAAAACAGCGGGCUUCUAGAAGUCAAGACCGAGUCUGCAGCAUCCGAAACGGAGAAUAAAGAUGCAGAGCCUGUUUUCCAUCACAUGUGCGUCUUAAAGGGCCAGACGUGGGGGUCAUUCGGGUCGGACAAGUUUCUUAUUAAGGACCCGGGUGUACCAUCUGAUUACAUUCCGGUAUGGGGUUUGAUUUUGGUGCUUGUGCUUCUGGUUUUGAUUUGUAGUGUAGUCAGAUGCUUGAAUCUGAGUUUACUGUGGCUGGACCCACUGGAGCUCUAUGUUCUGCACAGCUGCGGUUCGGAGGAUGAGAAGCGGGCGGCCAAGCGCCUCAAGCCCAUCCGGAGGAGAGGAAACGUUUUGGUGUGCUCGCUCCUGUUCAUUUGUGCAUUGGGUCACUCGGUGCUUGGUGUUCUGUUGUACCGCCUCUAUGGGUCCAUCCUCCCCGCUGUGUUCACUAGUGGUUUCCUCAUAUUCCUCCUGGCUGAGUUGGUUCCUCAUAUUGUAUGUUCGGGUUAUGGGUUCCAGAUGGCACCGGGUUUGAUAUGGCUGGCCCAGAUCUGUCUCAUUCUGACGUGUCCGCUUUCCUGUCCUCUUGGGCUCCUGCUGGACUUGAUCCUCCACCGGGACGUGAGCACCUGUGGCAUUCGUGAGAAAACCAUGGAAAUGAUUCGGACUAGUGUGAACGAUCCGUAUAAUGAGUUUGUCAAGGUGGAGUUCAGUAAGGGUGCUCUCAGGACCAAAACAGUGGAGGAUAUCUUGACACCCCUGAAGGAUUGCUUCAUGCUGCCCUCCACCGCCAUGCUGGACUUCAACACCAUGUCCGAGAUCAUGCAGAGUGGCUACACUCGUGUCCCUGUGUACGAAGAGGAGAGGUCCAAUAUCGUCGAGAUCCUGUACGUGAAAGACUUGGCGUUGGUUGACCCAGAGGACCGCACUCCCAUGACCACCAUCACGAAGUUCUACAACCAUCCUCUGCAUUUUGUUUUUAAUGACACCAAGCUGGAUGCAAUGCUGGAGGAAUUCAAAAAAGGAAACUCACACCUGGCCAUCGUUCAGAAGGUGAAUAAUGAGGGUGAAGGAGAUCCGUUCUACGAGGUUCUGGGGCUGGUCACGUUGGAGGACGUUAUUGAGGAGAUCAUCAAAUCUGAGAUUCUGGACGAGUCUGAUGGUUACAUGGACAUGAAGGUGAAGCGUCCGAUGGCCCCGUUGGAGAUUCCCCUGGAGCCGCGCAGCGUUCAUGAUGAGUUCUCCAUCUUUAAACCUCCAGAGGGCGAACCGAAGAUCCGCACCUCUCCUCAACUGUUGCUGGCCACCCAUCGCUUCCUGUCCCGAGAGGUGGAACACUUCAGCCCGCAGCGCGUGUCAGAAAGAGUCUUAUUUCAUCUGCUGCGGCACCCGAGCGUCAAUCAAGAAGUGAAGUUUGACCCUGGGAACCGGCUCAGUCCUGAUCACUACCUGUACACGCGGAACCACCCUGUGGAUUACUUCAUUCUGCUGCUGCAGGGUCGUGUGGAGGUGGAGAUCGGGAAAGAAGGUUUAAAGUUUGAAAACGGCGCGUUCACUUAUUACGGCGUGUCCGCGCUCACAGCUCCCUCCUCAGUCCACCAGUCUCCGGUGUCCACGCAGCGUCAGUCCCCCAGAGACCCCUUUGAGCUGGGAGAAGCCACCAGCCCGUCCAGCUACUGUCCCGACUACACAGUACGAGCCCUCACAGACCUGCAGCUCAUCAAGGUGACCCGUCUGCAGUACCUCAACGCCUUGAUGGCGUCCCGGGUCGCUCAGAGCCCCGACCCCCCUGAAAUUAAGAUCCUGCCCAACAGUCAAACUAAACUCCUGAAUGAGAAAAACACUACUCAAGACUUUCAGCUCCACUAUUCAUUCUUUGACGCAAUUGACAACUACUGUUAGUGUACUUUGCAUGAGACAGGAUAUAAAUGUCCAGGUGCGAGCAAGAGCCAGGAAUCUAGGCCAGACGAGGAGCUUCACAGCCAGAGAGGAGCGUUUUGACCUUCUAUCUAACCUUCCUCAAGAACUCACAAGGAUUUUAUUAUGACAACUAAUUUGUUUGUUGCCGUCUUAAAUGAAUCUUUUACUCCUGGAAUGCAGCGAUUGAGCCAGAUGGAGGACUGUUGAGGAAAACAAAAGACAUGUCAUUCUGGUCAGAUGGGAUCUGUUCUUGCUGUUCUGCUUAUUCAGCCGUUCCCUCUGAUGUCAUUUCCUCUAUACUCUCUAUUUGGGUUCACUUAUUUUCUUAAGGUGUAUAUGUGUGCAUAUGUACUACUAAAUUAAAUGGUGUUGUGCCAAGAUCUUACCAUUCCUGUCAUAUCAUAGAAGCAGUAUUACAGCCCUGAAUCCAACGUCUCCAUAUUGUCAAGCCCUAAUGUGCCAAAAUGGGUUCAUAGCGACAGAAAUCUCAUUUACUCACUCUCAUGUAAUCUUAAGUUUCCAAUGAGCAGUGUCUUUUUGCAGAUCUUUCACCAAUACAGUGACAUUUAAUAGUGACUUCAGCUGUCAACCUGCGUAAAGAAAAAAAAUGGAAAUAAGCUAUCACAACCUUAGCGUUAGAAUAAUUUUCCCAGAUUUAACUUGAGAACUCAAAUAUAAGUUGACUAAACGUAAUAUUUUAAGACAGCAUAAACACUUAAUUUUUUAGGCUUAAUUUGACUACUUCAUUGACAGUCAAAAAUCAUUCUCCAUACAUAUUUGAACUGGAAUAACCAAGAAACUAUAGCAUAAUGUCAUCAAAUAUGAACAUGAAUAUGAUUUCAGACCAUUGGAGAAGUAGGUAAAGAUUAAUCAUGAUUAAAAGAUUAAUGUUUUUCAAAUACAGGUUUGUUGGAGACGCUUUUAAGUGAACUAUUUCUUUUUAGGCCCCAAUAGAGCUGUACAAGUUUGGAUAAACUGAGAAUCACAAUUUAUUUAUUUAUUUUAAUUUUUUUUUUUUGGUUUAAAAUGGAUCACAAUUCUCCCAUGAUUCUGAAUAGACAGCUAAACAAAAUAACGGGUAAUUUACUAGAGUUUAUGUCAAAAUGUUAAUUGCUGUUGUUUAAUUAAUUUGAAUUAUUGAAUGAAUGAUUCAAUGACUCACUCAUAAAGACUUCUCUUUUCAUUACUGGAUGAAUCAGCGAUUUUAAGCAAAUCUCUUGAAUGAAUGAUUCAAUGGCAAAUAUACAUUUUUAACAGUCACAAGCGGCUGCGCAAACAGAUUUGAAUGUUCGCUGUGAUUGUACUUGUCAAAAGUUUAAUAGACACUGGCGAAUCGUCAUUUAGGAGUAAGAUGGAGUGGGUGUUUGAAUCGAGGUCACGAUAACGAUUAAUCGUGCAGCUCUAGGCCACAAAAUGUGCACAAUAUGUAAGUUUAUUCACAGGAAACUUGCAAAAAGCUGGAUCAGAUAAAAGAGAUGUGGCCUUAGAUGCAGAGGUUUUAGAUAUUUCUAUAUUUGGUUCCUUUCUGAUUAUUUGCUGAAAAACAUCAUUUCGAGAGUGCCAUUAAAACUCUGUGAUCCAGACCCGUUUUUCCACUGCAUGCGGCUGCCUUUCAAUUCUGCAUCUCAGAAACAUUUGAAUAAUAUUCGCUGACUAAAUGCCUUGCAUGACUGUAGCGAUGUAGCUAACAGUAUAAAGGAAAAAUAUCGAACCUUUCCCAUACUGGCGCUAACUGACCAUUCCAUCAGAAUAACCUGAAAAAUAGAUCUUAGCAAUACUAAAAAUCCCAAUGUUGUAUCAUAUUUUGAAACAGAGAAACAUUGUGUAGAUGGUUAAUUAAAAUAAAACAUUUCUUAAUGAGUCUAGAACUUUCUCUACAGGUUUUUUUUUUUUUUUUUUUUUUGCUUGGAAAAUGCUUGGAAAUCGAGUUUUUAAACGCUCUUAGUUGCAUAUUUUGACAUUCCAGCCUACCAUUAAAAAGUUUGGGGUCGGGAAGAUUUUAAUAUUUUUGAAAAAAGCCUCUUGUGCUCAGCAAGGCUGCAUUUAUUUGAUCAAAAAUACAGUAAAACAGUAAUAUUGUAAAAUAUUAUCAUAAUUUAAAUAACUGUUUUCUAUUGUAAUAUAUUGUAAAAUGUAAUUUAUUCCUGUGAUCAAAGCUGAAUUUACUCAAAGCAUCAUUACUCCAGUCUUCAGUGUCACAUGAUCCUUCAGAAAUCAUUCUGAUAUGAUGAUUUGCUGCUCAAGAAACAUUUAUUAUUAUUAAUGUUAAUAUGAAAAUAUUUGUGCUGCUUAAUUUUGUGAAAACCGUGAUAUGUUCUCUUUUUCAGGAUUCUCUGAUGAAUAGAAAGUCCAAAAGAACAUUUUUUUUUAAAAUAGAAAUCGUUUUGUAACGUUAUAAAUGUCUUUACUGUCACUUUUGAUCUGUUUAAUUUUUUUUUUUUAUAUAUAUUUCUUAAAAAAAAUUGUACUGACCCCAAACUUUUGAAUGGUAGUAUGUACUUUGGGUUCUGUUGUGCAAAGAAAGAUGUGAGAUUUGAGUAACUGAGACUUACUUUGUGUACAAGAAAUUCAAGCCUUCAUUUAUUCAGUUUUAUUGAUGCAAAUAGUCAUGAUGUAUCCACUUUUACAAGUGUUUUUAUAAGUGUGCAUAUUUAUGUUGCCUUCAUCAUUAUAACCCAUCUGCUAAAAACUGACCGCACCGAUCAGUGUGUGAUCCCAAGUAAAUAUUUUUCUGCUUUUAAAAAUCUUGCAUUGUUUUUUCUGUUGUAAAAGUCAAUUUAUAUGGUCACAAAAUAAUGAAUGUAUAAUAUAUAUAUAUAGACUAUAUAUACAUAUAAAAAAUCCAUUUCUUGUCUUACUCUAUCAAGAGAAAAGCUGGGGGGUUUUUAUAGGUUAGAGAUGACUGUAAAUGAAUAUGAAGCUUAUGGACCAUAGAGGUUGUAAAGUGGGAACAGUUGCUGGCAGAUGUCAAUUUUUCAGGUACAAACAUUGAUCAUACCAGGGAUUCAAACACACUUUUACUUCUGACCAACCAUUUUUGGCAGUUGAGGUUCAAAUCUUCUCUGUAUUGUAUAUGGGUCGUCGAAUGCUCUUGAUAUCAACUGUUUCAUAGGAAAUAAACACAACCCAGUGCUAAAA